UUGUCUAAUGACUUUGGUCAGUUACCACGUUGUCUAAAAAUUGACAUAGGCAGGUGGGAAUGGGUUGCCAUUGUCCGCUCAAUUGACCAAAACCCAACUGCUUCUGGUGUAAGGGUCCUCUUGCUGGACACAACCGCAGAUCGAUACGUCUGUUCGGAGAAGACUCUCCCGUACCUCAGACGAAAGUUGUCACAAUCCGACGUAGAUCUGACCUAUGGUCACGGGAGCGAUGAGGCAGUCAUCUUGCGUUACCUGUUUUACGUGCUGCCGAACCUUACUCAACUCUACUUACGUCUCUCUGACAUUGAGGACGCAUCCUACUUCACACGGUUGAGGGAAACUCCAUUAUUGAGCCUGAAGAUUCUCAGAGUGCAGUAUCUACGGCGUCAAUGCUCGCUGUGUUUUAGCGCCUGUUUUGGUCUUUUCGACGCGGCACCUAGUCUCGAAGAAAUUAGGAUUGAUGACUGCAUCAUUAAUCCCCGGAUGCUUAACGAAGGACUGAAUCUUCCAAACGUCAGAAGGGUUCGACUCAUCAACGCCCAGUUCUUCAAAGACGACACAAGUUCCCACGGCACCCAACACUUCCCACGCAACAACUGCCCUAGACUUCGCG